AUGAACCUUCUCAGAGAUAUCCAAGUGCUUCUGGCAGACCACUGGAUGAUGCUCCUGGUCUUCUUGCUCUUCAGGAAGCUUCUCUUCAAUAAAUAUGGCAGAGGCCUCCACCCGAUUCCAGGACCUUUUCUCGCCGGCUUCUCUGACUUUUGGCGCUUCUUCUGCACCACAUUCUCGACUGUGCAUCAGGCCCAUCUCAACCUUCACAGAAAGACAAACUCGCACUUCGUCCGCAUCGGACCCCGAACUAUUUCGAUCUCAGAUACAGCAUUGAUACCAACAAUCUACGGCACUCAUUCGGCUUUCACCAAGAGCGAGUACUAUAGACUCUCCAUGAUGCCUUUGGACGGUGCGUAUACUCCCAGUCUCUUCACCGCACUGGACGAAAGAUACCACACCUCGAUCAAAAGACCCAUCGCAACUGCCUACAGCAUGUCGACCAUCAUCGAAUACGAGCCGUUGGUGGACUCUACCACUUCGCUGUUUACAUCAAGACUAGAUGGCUUUGCCGCUUCUGGCGUCUCGUUCGACUUUGGGGUGUGGCUGCAAAUGUAUGCUUUUGAUGUCAUCGGCGAAAUCUUGUUCAGUCAGAAACUGGGCUUCUUGGAAUCAGGCACAGAUGUUGCCGGGAUCAUGGCAGAUAUCAGGGGCAAGAUAUCAUAUGCGGCUUGUGUAGGACAAAUUCCAUUCCUGGACAGGAUCUUGACCAAGAACCCUCUGUUUCUGAAAAUAGUGCCGACCCACCCUAUUGUCACCUUCACACUGGACAGGAUGAAGGAGCGAGUAGCAAGUAUGGCGUAUGGGGCCGGUCGAAAACGCGAUUUCUUGACAAGGUGUAUGGAGGCACAAGCCAGGUACCCGGACAUUGUCACGAACCGGAUGAUCAUCCUCUAUAAUGGAGAUAAUGUGGCGGCAGGAAGCGAUACAACUGGAAUUGCAUUACGGGCAAUUUUCUACCACCUUAUGAAAACGCCCGCAUGCCUGCGCCGAUUAGUCGAGGAAAUUGAUAGGGCAGAAGAGGCGGGCCAGUUGAGCAACUUGGUUACCUGGCACGAGUCCAGCAGAUUACCCUACCUUCAGGCCUGUAUCAAGGAAGCCUUCCGUAUACACCCGGUGGUCGGUUUGAUCAUCGAACGAUGUGUCCCAAAGGGAGGAAUCGUCUUGCGUGGCCACUACCUUCCUGAAGGUACAAUCGUAGGGAUGAAUCCUUGGGUCACAACGCGAGAUGAAAGUGUAUAUGGGGCGGAUGCCGAUAUAUUCCGGCCAGAAAGAUGGCUAGAAGCAACACCAGAGCAGCUUACUGCGAUGGACCGUGCCAACUUGACGUUUGGGUACGGCAAACGAGCAUGUAUUGGAAAGAACAUCUCCAUGCUUGAGAUAUGCAAGGUGGUACCUCAAUUAUUGAGACAUUACGAGUUGUCCUUCCUGCAGCCAGACCAGGAGUGGACGGUCCGGGGUGGGUGGUUUGUAUGGCAGGACGGUUUCGAAGUAUAUAUCCGAAGGAGAGCAAGGAAAUGA